AUGUUCAUCUCGACCAUUUCUGCGAUACCAGAAUACACCAACAACACGGCGCCCGGCCCCGCGAUUCCAUUGCCCACUGCAGCCUCGUAUCACAGUACCUGGUGUCAUUAUGACCUCCAGCUCUUCCAAGAAUGCCGCAUCACGCCAUUAGGAUCCUACGUCAUCCGAACACUCGGCAACAUCUUUGCCAUUAGAGACGAACGCAACAAUACUAUCACCACCUACUCCGAAGGCAUGGGCAUGAUCGAUGCUCCCACCAGUAUGGAACGACUCGUACCUGGCACGGACCUUUGGCUCAGCAUGCAGUAUGGCACCGACAACACGACGUAUUUCGGAUUUGGUACUUCGAAGUGGAAUGACACAAGAAAAGAAACCAUAAACACCACUGGAUGGUGUAAUCCGGAGCCCUGGACGAAGAAGGAUAUGCAAUGUGGAGUGUUAUCUGCUGAUUACUUCAGGCGAGUUUCGGCUACGGCAAAGCAAAGCAACGUAUUUGUGGAUGGCUCCAGUAUUAUCUAA